AUGAACCGGCUCAUCUUGAACAAGGCGACCUCGUCGAACGACGAGCCCACGCCAGGAUACCUGUACAACGAAAUAUCGCAAAUGGCCUUCUGCUCCAAGGAGUCUAUGAACCUCGUGGGGGAGUACCUACUGAAAAAAUUGCAAAGGACAGAUGUCAAUGUGAAAAUAAAAACGCUUAAAAUAUUAAAGCAUCUCUGUGAUAAAAAAAGACCCGAUUUUCGCAACUUUCUAAAAAAAAAAAUCGACAUAAUUAAAAAUUGUCAAGCAUGCAGUAUAGUUCAUGACGAACUGAAAGGGGAAACUCCUUCCAUGUUGGUGAGAAAAGAAGCAUCCGAUUUGAUUAAACUCAUUUAUUCUUAUGACGCUGCAGAGAGUGAUGGGAAAUGCGCGUCCAACAAUAGUCAGGACAUGGUGAAAAAUAAUAGAAUACAGGGCUUUGGAAAUUCCCACUUUGACAAGAGCAGCACUGCGAACAGCGCUAUGCACAUCGGCAUGCACAGCGGCAUGAACAGCGGCAUGAGCAGCAGUUAUGGAGUACCCCCAGGGGGAAGCGGAGGAGUAGGGAGUGCACUCGACCCAAACGCAAGCGCAAACACAAACCAAUCCAACCAUAUGGCGAACAAUUUUAACAAUCGAAAUAAUUACAUGAACAAAAUGUCCGGUUUUGGUAACCCCUACUUUAACCAAAAUCCUGAGCAGAAAACGAAGGGAGAAAUAGCUAUACAGUAUCUAAACGAAGUGGCCAACAAAUAUAUGCCAUCCUCCUUCGUGAACAAAAUUAACAAAGUCAGUGCAUCUCUGUCCAAAAAUUAUGCAAACGGGUCACUCAACAUACAGAGCAUCAUGAACGGUAACGCCUUUAACAAGAACUUGGAGCGGAACCGCGUGGGCAGGUCAGCGGUUAGCAGCCAAGGUGGGUUUAGCAGCCAAAGCGGGUUUAGCAGCCAAGGCGGGUUUAGCAGCCAAAGCGGCGUUAGCAGCUUCGCCGGACAGGGCCCCCUCGGCAGGCUGCAUCCCAGUGGAGGAUUCCAAAACGCGAGGCGAGAUGACCAAGGAAGAAAACCGCAAGAAUCUCAAACCGCCGGAAUUUACGAAAGAAAAAUAAUCGAAGAUGUACUGAUCAAUGCCGGAAUCAACAAAGUACCCCCCGAAAGUCUCUUAAAUGAGUUUGCCCAAAAAUGUGAAACGUUGGACACCAAGCUCAUAGUCUCCAUCCUUACUGCCAAGCUGAGAUUAAAAUAUAUCAACGAAGAGGAAAAUUGGAAAAAUAAAUUAAAGGUACUUUGUGCCAUAAAGCAUUUACUGGUACACAGGAAAAGGAAAGAAAACGGACAAGCAAUUGAGACGUUAGAAAUUCUGAUUCAAAAUUUGAAGGACCAAACUCUGGAGGAGCUUUACCGAAGUAAAGAAAUUAAGCAUUUAAAAAAACAAGUCAUGGAAAUUUUUGUGUUGAUGGGUCUUCGAGCGAAGCAACCUGGUGACGACUCACGGGGGAGGGAAGCCAAACCCACUAUGCAAAUCGGCGCAAGUGUGGAAAUCCCCAACCUACUCGACAUCGAUGACGAUGUGCCGAUGGACGUAACCAGAAGCAAUGGCAACAGUAGGAACACCGCACACGGGGGGGGCACAACCAACACGCAGGGUGCUUACCCUCCCGUAGGUAACGCAUAUGAAAGCGGAGUGCAAAAUGGAAAGACGUUGGAGAGCAGUUUGGAUCUACUCUCUGAUAGGAAAAACUACCCAACUGAAGGAGGCAACCAAGACAAUAUGAAGAAGGUGGGACAUGUGGGCACUGUGGGCCCGGUGGACCCUGUGGACGAUUUAAUAAUCCAUUUUGAUCACCUCUCGGUGGGGGCUCCCCCAAAUCUUGACCCCCCCCAAGGCAGAACAAACAGCGGAGCGAACGGCAGAGCGAACGGCAGGAGUGGAGCGAACAACAGCGAGCUGUUUAGCAGCCUCCAGGUGAAGUACCAACACAAAGAGGACACACGGCACACAUGCCAAAGCAACGAUAUAAGUUUUGCCACUACGCAAAGCAUCCAAAAGGGGGAAAAAAAAACCCCACUCGAAAUGUCCAGCAGUGCACGCGCCCCUACACAGAGUAGUAACCAAAUUAACCUAAACGUAAACUUAAACCUAAACGACACCGGGGUUAGUAAUCUGAUUUUUCUGGAAAGUAAAAACGAAGAAAGGGGAAACACAAAAGGAGCCAUAAGUACGGAAAAAAAUCUCCCUCAUUUUAACGAGGCAAAUGAUUUCUUCUCCUUUGACAACGCUACAGAAGGAGCAACUGGAGGAAAUAAAAAUAGGACCACAAAACCACAGAGGAGUAACAACGCAUAUGUGGGUAACACCAAGUAUAGUGACCAAACAAAUAACACCAACAUGGAUGGCAGCUCGAUUUACCACUUAAGUAAAGACAAAAAUGACACAAUGAAAAAUUACGGUUCUACCAAAGAGCAAGGCAAGCAACCAUUUGGUGGAAACAAAAUUGUGGACCAAAAAAAUAUACCAAGUGACGAUUUAAGUUUGAUAGAUAUGCAGGAAGACUUGUCGAGCUUGACGAGUGACUCCCAUUUUGCCGGUGCUACCUCACGACUCAGUUGCGGAAAAGGACAAACCCAAGGAUAUACAUCCCCAUACGGAGGAGGCAUAAUGAACAGUAGUAGUAGUAGUAACCCUUGUGAGCAACCUCCUCGGGGGAAUUACCAAAUGAUGCAUACGAAUGACCCAAAUAAGUCUGCGAACAAAUUUCAGAGCCACCUGAACAGCACGGGGAAUUUUUCAAGCACAGAUGAUCAGAUAAAUAAUUUUUUUAACUCCUUUGCCAUUUCAUCCAAGAGAAAUGAAGAAGGAAAUAAAAAGCCCAGCGUGCAGAUCGACGCGUUUGAGCUGUUGGCUGAUGAGCUGAAGCUAUGA